CGGGAAUACGUGGACUACUUCGGCACUGCAGCCAGUGGCAUCCUGCAUUAUCCGGUGGAUACACAAAGACGUCCCUUGUAGUUCCCCAGGGUCAGCAAGAUGAACCUGCUCUCGGACCCGCGCGGCAUGACAAGUAGUUUAGCAGCUACUUUUGGUGCAGUGUAGUCCUGCAUAGCUAGUUGAAACGCAUGAUGGCGAGUCCAAUUUCUUGUCCUGAUUAGCGCAUGAGCGCUUUGUUGUUGUUCCAAACACGGCUACAAAGUCCCUCUCGUGGAGAGCCGCAUGACACACACUUCGAUGAACACUGCCAGUUUAUUCGCAUGACAACUUCUCUGGGGUGCCGUGGACGUCAAUC